AUGGAGAAGCUAUCACUGCCACCAUUAAGGGACCACUGCGUCAGAGUGAAGAUGCUAGCAGCUCCAGUCAACCCGGCGGACUUGAACAUGAUUCAAGGGACAUACCCAAUUCUCCUGCCACUCCCUGCGGUGGGAGGGAACGAGGGAGUGGGGGAGGUGAUGGAGGUGGGAAGAGGGGUGACAGGUUUUAGGCCUGGUGACUGGGUCGUUCCUACAGAUGCUGGCUUUGGCACAUGGAGGACAGAGGCUGUGUGUGGAGCUGAUGAUCUCAUCCAGGUGCCAAAGGACAUUUCUCUUCUUUCUGCUGCCACCAUCUGGGUGAACCCCUGCACAGCAUACCGCAUGUUACAUGACUUUCAACACCUCCAACCAGGGUCCACAGUCAUCCAGAAUGGGGCGAACAGUGCGGUGGGGCAGGCAGUGAUACAAAUCGCUGCAGCUCUGGGAGUGAAAACCAUUAACAUCAUCAGAGACAGGCCCAAGCGUGAGGAGCUGGUGCAGGAGCUCCGGAGGCUGGGAGCAGACUUUGUCAUCACUGAGGAGGAGCUGCAGAGGGAAGGACUAGACCGUGUUUUCCAGGAGGUUCCAAGACCCAAACUGGGUUUAAACUGCAUCGGCGGAAUCAGUGGAGGACUAGUACUGUCUCAGCUCAAUGAUGGGGCGACAUUAGUGACUUAUGGAGGCAUGGCCAAAAAACCUCUCCAGGUUCCAGCUAAAUCCCUCAUUUUCAAAAACAUCACCUUUCAAGGUUUCUGGAUGACCCAGUGGAAGAGACAACACAGGAAAGAUGUGCGUCGGCUGAAUUCCAUGUUGACGGUGCUUUGCGAACUUGUGAGGUCCGGCCGCCUCACCCCUCCGAAAUGUGUCCAACUGCCAUUUCCACAAUAUAGCCAGGCACUGAACGCCACACUACAGUCCCAUCAGCGCAAACAUGUAUUACUAAUGUAA